AACCUUAAGAUCUUCGGUUAUCACAAACACAAUGUCGGCCUCAUCGGCUCCCCGCCUCAAAGACCGCGGCGGCGCUGGCUCCGUCGCAGGGUCCAAAGCCGCUGCCACUCUCAAACCAUCCAAGCCCCUCACGCCGGUACCCUUUUCCGACAAGACGUACUCCAGCGUCGGAAAAGAGAACCCUCUUUCUGGGACCGCCGCUUUCCGGACCUCGGCCAAGAAGCCCACGAUCCGGCCCGUUUCCCGUGUUGACAAGGCGUCUGUGUCUGUGGCAACCAGAGACCGCGGCGGCGAAACGCGUGCCCGGUGGUCCAUGCCGUUGGCGCCGAGAGGUAGGAGCUCUAGUCCUUCUGAGUUUACAAGGGUACUUUGUCAUACGGGUAAGGAGCGGAGGGUCUCGGUGGGUCGGGCCAGACCGGGUUCGGGUCUGAGUUCGGUGGGGGAGAGCGAUCGAGUGGUGGCGAGUGCAGGGAAGGCUCUGAGUAAUGUUAGGGGAUCAGCGAGUGGGAAGCAGAAAGGAUUUAGGGAUUUGGAUGUGAAGAAGAGUGAAGUGGGGGCGAAUGGGAUUAAGGUUUUGAGGGAUAUCAAAGAAAUUGGUAAAGUUGAUGUGAAUUUAGAGAAAAGGAAUGCAACUUCUGGAGAAUUAGAAGUGAAAGGAGUGGGAAUUGAGAAGAAUUGGGAUGGAGUUAGGGUUUCGGGAAGUGGUGGUGGAGUGUGUAAACUUACCUCCGAAUUGAAAAACCCAAAUGGGGUUGAUAAAAAGGAUCGAAAUUUGGUGAGGGUUGAUGAUAAGGCUGUGAAAUUUGGGAGUGGUGCUGUUUUGGGACUGAAGGAGUCUGGUGAAAAAUCUGUGAGUAAUGCAAAGGUUUUGGAGGGUUUGAAAGAAAAAAGGCUGAGUGAAGAAGGGCGUAGUGGCAGUCGUUCGGGUAUCAAAUAUCCAAGUAAGCUUCAUGAGAAGCUCGCUUUCUUGGAAGGGAAGGUUAAGAGGAUUUCCUUGGAUAUUAAGAAGACAAAGGAGAUUCUGGAUAUGAAUACUACAGAUACGUCGAAGGUGAUACUCUCUGAUAUUCAGGAAAAGAUUUCCGGGAUUGAGAAGGCCAUGGGACAUGUCAAUGAUUCAAGUGGUAAGAUUGGGUUGCUGAAAAGUACUGAGCAUAAUGACCGAGAUGCCAAGGUAGUUGAGAAGGGCCAUAUUGAGCCAGUGAGUAAUGCUAAGAGUUUUGUAGAAGGGUUGAACAGUGAAGACUUGGAAGCUAGGCUCUUUCCUCAUCACAAGCUGCUUAAAAACCGUACGGCAUUGAAAGGAUCAUCACAAAUCCAAAGUCAUGGGUCCCAAGCUGUUGAAACCAGUUGUGAAGCAAACGUUGAAGAGAAGUCAUUGAGCCUUAUAGAUGAUAACCUAAUUGCAGUAGAGUUCUUGGCUUCCUUGGACCAAACUAAAGUUUCAACAAGGGAUGAUGGAUGUGAAGAUUUGAAAUGUUUUGAAGUUCAAGAAGUGGAUGGUGUCAAUGCUGCAGAAGUUGAAAAAUCUUCAAAAUUUGUCACUGGCAAGCUGACUUUGGAGCUCAUUCUCACAACUGAUGAAAAACUUGAUGAGUUGGAUGAUCAGGAGAAUAUACAGGAAACGAUCAUGGAUGAGGAAACUGAGGAUACCUGCAUUUACCAGCUGAACCAAAUAGGCCAAAAAACCUCAACUGGCGGGUGGUUUGUGUCCGAAGGAGAGUCGGUUCUUCUUGCUCAUGAUGACAGUUCAUGCACCUUCUAUGAUAUUGUAAACUGUGAGGAGAAGGUUGUGUAUAAACCUCCUGGUGGAGUUUCACCUAAUAUGUGGAGAGACUGUUGGAUAAUCCGUGCUCCCAGUGCUGAUGGUUGCUCAGGAAAGUACGUUGUGGCUGCAUCUGCUGGAAAUACAAUGGAUUCAGGGUUUUGUUCAUGGGAUUUCUAUGCCAAAGAUGUGCGUGCUUUCCGGAUUGAGGACUGUUCAGCUCCUUCAAGAACAGUGCUUGGUCCCUUACCUAACAGCAUUUCAUAUGGAAGAAAUGCUUUGUCUGAUCUUCUGGAUCCAGAACCUAGACAAUGGUGGUAUAAACCUUGUGGACCUCUCAUUGUCUCAACUGCUAGUUGUCAGAGAGUUGUGAGUAUUUAUGACAUCCGUGAUGGCGAACAAGUUAUGAAAUGGGAUGUAUCGAAGCCUGUUACAGCAAUGGAUAAUUCAAGUCCCUUGCAGUGGAGAAAUAGAGGAAAAGUUGUUGUAGCUGAAGCUGAAACAAUUUCCUUGUGGGAUGUGAACUCUCUUAACUCUCAGGCUUUACUAUCUGUUUCUUCUUCUGGUCGGAAAAUUUCUGCUCUUCAUGUGAAUAACACUGAUGCUGAACUAGGUGGUGGCGUUCGACAAAGGGUAAGUUCUUCUGAGGCAGAAGGAAAUGAUGGAGUGUUUUGUACCCAAGAUUCUAUUAACAUUAUAGACUUUCGGCAUCCGACUGGCGUAGGUCUUAAGAUACCAAAACUCGGUGUCAAUGUGCAAUCAGUUUUCUCCCGUGGAGAUUCUGUCUUCCUUGGCUGCCCUAGUGCAAGAUUGGGAUGGAAAAAACAGUCCUCUUCACAGGUUCAGCAAUUCUCAAUCCGACAACAAAGGCUAUACAGCACUUACGCUUUGCCAGAGUCAAAUGCUCACAGCCAUGACACAGCAAUUACGCAAGUUUGGGGGAAUUCCAACCUUGUCAUGGGUGUUUGUGGGUUGGGGCUGUUUGUAUUUGAUGCGUUGAAGGAUGACGGAGUUCCAUUGUUGACCAGUGAUGAUGGGACUCAUAAAGCCAGAGAAACUGUUGGUCCAGAUGACUUGUACGCACCUUCUUUUGAUUACUUGGGUUCUCGGGCACUUCUCAUCUCAAGAGAUCGCCCGGCACUAUGGAGGCACUUACCAUAGGUUAGCAAAAGUUGUAAUGCGUUUUGUUAUUUUGGUAAGAUGCUGCUGCUGCGGUGUGUGGUGUUAUGUAUAAAUAUAUUGCAUGCCUCCAGGUUGAGGUUCUCUCAGUCAGGAUCUUUGUUUAUCUUGGUUUUAUGCUUGUAUUUCAAGAUGGUUAUUGAAGCUAAGAAUCUGAAACUGUAGGGUUGGAACAAA